AGAAGAGACAGAGAGGAAAGGCAAAAGAGAAUCUGGGGAGAGACGGAAGAGAGCGACGAUUGAUUGAAUAUUAUCAAAUGGCGACGUCAAGGCUUCAAGCUCUGUGGAAUCACCCUGCCGGACCUAAAACCAUUCAUUUCUGGGCGCCAACGUUCAAGUGGGGAAUCAGCAUUGCUAACAUUGCUGACUUUGCUAAACCUACUGACAAAAUAUCCUACCCUCAACAGAUUGCUGUUACAUGCACUGGAGUUAUCUGGUCUCGCUACAGCAUGGUUAUCACUCCCAAAAACUGGAACCUCUUUAGUGUCAAUGUUGCUAUGGCUGGGACUGGCAUGUACCAGCUUGCUCGUAAAAUCAAAAACGAUUUUGCAUCUGAAGUGGAGCCUGUUGUUGCCAAAGAAUGAUUACGACGAAAAAGAAGAAGAUGAAACAUGAAAGGAAGAUUUUGAUAUGAUAAUCAUCUUCCUUGUGUUUGAAAGUCAAGAGUCCUGAGAUAUUUGAUUUUUCUUUGAAUUCCCAGAUGUAAUGGGUUGGAUUACGAACUCAUUUCCCUAUGUUUUUUUCUUAAAAUAAACUCCUGUUUGUUAUUUGCUCAAAUGAUAAAGGAGAUCACAGCUCCAUUCAUAAGCUACUUUCAAAGUACAUCACCCAAUGUAAAAUAAAAGGUUCUGAAUUUUGAAUCAAAUUAAAGUUCAGACCAUAAGAACAAUAUAGCAACAAUUCUC